CGCAGUCCCGGCGGCUCGGGCGCAGCACUGGAGUACCGUGGAGCGCAGAUCACGGACACGAGCGGGCAUGUCCCCCUGCGUGGGAGCACCCGUUUGCCGCCGGGCCUGGGCGGCUGUGAACUUAGCAGCGGGCUCCUGCGGCCCCGUCGCUGCCAUGUAGUCGCCGGCAGGGCUCCCUGAAGUCCGGGAGCGGCAGUGCCAGUGAGCCUGAGCCCAGGAACCCGCGUCUUCCCCGGGAGGCGCUGAGUGCGCGCCGCGCCCCCGCCGCUCGGGAGGCACUUUGGGCCAGACAGGGAAAUGGGGGAGAAAGUUUCGGAGGCGCAGGAGCCGGUGCCCCGCGGCUGCAGUGGCCACGGCAGCCGGACUCCAGCCUCUGCGCUGGGCGCCGCGUCUUCUCCGGGUGCUUCCUCGGCCGAGUCCUCCUCGGGCUCAGAAACUCUGUCGGAGGAAGGGGAGCCCGGCUGCUUCUCCAGAAAGCAGCAGCCGCCGCCGCCGCCGCCGUCGGGAGGCGCCCUGGGCGCCCGGCCGCCAGCCGCGUGGGCUCCGGCACGCGUGCUGCUCGAGCGCGGAGUCCCUGCGCUGCCGCCGCCGCCCCCCGGAGGAGCUGUGCCGCCCGCGCCCCGGGGCAGCAGCGCGUCCCAGGAGGAGCAGGACGAGGAGCUUGACCACCUAUUAUCCCCUCCACCCAUGCCGCUUCGGAAAUGCAGCAACCCAGAUGUGGCUUCUGGCCCUGGAAAAUCACUGAAGUAUAAAAGACAGCUGAGUGAGGAUGGAAGACAGCUAAGGCGAGGGAGCCUGGGAGGAGCCCUGACUGGGAGAUACCUCCUUCCAAACCCGGUGGCGGGACAGGCCUGCCAGGCCUCUGCGGAGACGUCCAACCUCGUGCGCAUGCGCAGCCAGGCCCUGGGCCAGUCGGCGCCCUCGCUCACCGCCAGCCUGGAAGGGCAGCCUCCGAAGAGCCAUUUCAACUCAGCCCGACAUCGCCAGAGACUAGUGGACCCAGCUGCUUCAAAAAAGGAGCUGAGUCUCCCCAGAAGAGGAAGUUUGAUAGAUUCCCAGAAGUGGAAUUGCUUGGUCAAACGUUGCCGAACAAGCAACCGGAAAAGCUUAAUAGGCAAUGGGCAGUCACCAGCAUUACCUCGACCACACUCACCUCUCUCUGCUCAUGCAGGAAAUAGCCCUCAAGAUAGUCCAAGAAAUUUCUCCCCCAGUGCCUCAGCCCAUUUUUCCUUUGCACGGAGGACUGAUGGACGCCGCUGGUCGUUGGCUUCUCUCCCUUCCUCUGGCUAUGGGACAAACACACCCAGCUCUACGGUCUCUUCAUCCUGUUCCUCCCAGGAGAAGUUGCAUCAGUUACCAUACCAACCAACACCGGACGAGUUACACUUCUUGUCGAAACAUUUCUGUACCACCGAAAGCAUUGCCACUGAGAACAGAUGCAGGAACACGCCGAUGCGCCCCCGUUCCCGAAGUCUGAGCCCUGGACGUUCUCCCGCCUGCUGUGACCAUGAAAUAAUUAUGAUGAACCAUGUCUACAAAGAAAGGUUCCCAAAGGCUACAGCUCAGAUGGAAGAACGUCUAAAGGAAAUUAUCACCAGCUACUCUCCUGACAACGUUCUACCCCUAGCAGAUGGAGUGCUUAGUUUCACUCACCACCAGAUUAUUGAACUGGCUCGAGAUUGCUUGGAUAAAUCCCACCAGGGCCUCAUCACCUCACGAUACUUCCUUGAAUUACAGCACAAAUUAGAUAAGUUGCUACAGGAGGCUCAUGAUCGUUCAGAAAGUGGAGAAUUGGCAUUUAUUAAACAACUAGUUCGAAAGAUUCUAAUUGUUAUUGCCCGCCCUGCUCGGUUAUUAGAGUGCCUGGAAUUUGAUCCGGAAGAAUUUUACUACCUAUUGGAAGCAGCAGAAGGCCAUGCCAAAGAAGGACAGGGUAUUAAAACCGACAUUCCCAGGUACAUCAUUAGCCAACUGGGUCUCAAUAAGGAUCCCUUGGAAGAAAUGGCUCAGUUGGGAAACUACGACAGUGGGACAGCAGAAACACCAGAAACAGAUGAAUCAGUGAGUAGCUCUAAUGCCUCCCUGAAACUUCGAAGGAAACCUCGGGAAAGUGAUUUUGAAACGAUUAAAUUGAUUAGCAACGGAGCCUAUGGGGCAGUCUACUUUGUUCGGCAUAAAGAAUCCCGGCAGAGGUUUGCCAUGAAGAAGAUUAAUAAACAGAACCUCAUCCUUCGAAACCAGAUCCAGCAGGCCUUUGUGGAGCGGGAUAUCCUGACUUUUGCAGAAAACCCCUUUGUUGUCAGCAUGUAUUGCUCCUUUGAAACAAGGCGCCACUUGUGCAUGGUCAUGGAAUAUGUGGAAGGGGGAGACUGUGCUACUUUAAUGAAAAACAUGGGUCCUCUCCCUGUUGAUAUGGCCAGAAUGUACUUUGCCGAGACGGUCUUGGCCUUGGAAUAUUUGCAUAAUUAUGGAAUUGUACACAGGGAUUUGAAACCAGACAACUUGUUGGUUACCUCCAUGGGACACAUAAAGCUGACAGAUUUUGGAUUAUCUAAGGUGGGACUAAUGAGCAUGACUACCAACCUUUAUGAGGGUCAUAUUGAGAAGGAUGCUCGAGAGUUCCUGGAUAAACAGGUCUGUGGCACACCUGAAUACAUUGCACCAGAAGUGAUUCUGAGGCAGGGUUAUGGAAAGCCGGUGGAUUGGUGGGCCAUGGGGAUUAUCCUCUAUGAAUUUCUGGUUGGAUGCGUGCCCUUCUUUGGGGAUACUCCAGAAGAGCUAUUUGGACAAGUCAUCAGUGAUGAGAUCAACUGGCCUGAGAAGGAUGAGGCACCCCCACCUGAUGCCCAGGAUCUGAUUACCUUACUCCUCAGGCAGAAUCCCCUGGAGAGGCUGGGAACAGGUGGUGCAUAUGAAGUCAAACAGCAUCGAUUCUUCCGUUCUUUAGACUGGAACAGUUUGCUGAGACAGAAGGCAGAAUUUAUUCCCCAACUGGAAUCUGAGGAUGACACAAGUUAUUUUGAUACUCGGUCUGAGAAGUAUCAUCAUAUGGAAACGGAGGAAGAAGACGACACAAAUGACGAAGAUUUUAAUGUGGAAAUAAGGCAGUUUUCUUCAUGUUCACAUAGGUUUUCAAAAGUUUUCAGCAGUAUAGAUCGAAUCACUCAGAAUUCAGCAGAAGAGAAGGAAGACUCUGGGGACAAAACCAAAAGCACAACCUUGCCAUCCACAGAAACACUGAGCUGGAGUUCAGAAUAUUCUGAAAUGCAACAGCUAUCAACAUCCAACUCUUCAGAUACUGAAAGCAACAGACAUAAACUCAGUUCUGGCCUACUUCCCAAACUGGCUAUUUCAACAGAGGGAGAACAAGAUGAAGCUGCCUCCCACCCUGGAGACCCCCAUGAGGAGCCAGGAAAGCCAGCCCUUCCUCCUGAAGAGAGUGCCCAGGAGGAGCCUGAGGUCACCACUCCAGCCAGCACCAUCAGCAGCUCCACCCUGUCAGUUGGCAGUUUUUCAGAGCACUUGGAUCAGAUAAAUGGACGAAGCGAGUGUGUGGACAGUGCAGAUAAUUCCUCAAAGCCAUCCAGUGAACCCGCUUCUCACAUGGCUCGGCAGCGAUUAGAAAGCACAGAAAAAAAGAAAAUCUCUGGGAAAGUCACAAAGUCCCUCUCUGCCAGUGCUCUGUCCCUCAUGAUCCCAGGAGAUAUGUUUGCUGUUUCCCCUCUGGGAAGUCCAAUGUCUCCCCAUUCCCUGUCCUCGGACCCUUCCUCUUCACGAGAUUCCUCUCCCAGCCGAGAUUCCUCAGCAGCUUCUGCCAGUCCACAUCAGCCGAUUGUGAUCCACAGUUCAGGGAAGAACUACGGCUUUACCAUCCGAGCCAUCCGGGUGUAUGUGGGAGACAGUGACAUCUAUACAGUGCACCAUAUCGUCUGGAACGUAGAAGAAGGAAGUCCAGCGUGCCAGGCAGGGCUGAAGGCUGGAGACCUUAUCACACACAUCAAUGGAGAACCGGUGCAUGGACUCGUCCACACAGAAGUUAUAGAGCUCCUACUGAAGAGUGGGAAUAAGGUGUCAAUCACUACUACCCCAUUUGAAAACACAUCCAUCAAAACUGGACCAGCCAGGAGAAACAGCUAUAAGAGCCGAAUGGUGAGGCGGAGCAAGAAAUCCAAGAAGAAAGAAAGUCUCGAAAGAAGGAGAUCUCUUUUCAAAAAGCUAGCCAAGCAGCCUUCUCCUUUACUCCACACCAGCCGAAGUUUCUCCUGCUUGAACAGAUCCCUGUCGUCGGGCGAGAGCCUCCCAGGUUCCCCUACUCAUAGUUUGUCUCCUCGGUCUCCAACACCAAGCUACCGCUCCACCCCUGACUUCCCAUCUGGUACUAACUCCUCCCAGAGCAGCUCCCCUAGUUCUAGUGCCCCUAAUUCUCCGGCAGGGUCCGGGCACAUCCGGCCCAGCACUCUCCACGGUCUGGCACCCAAACUCGGCGGGCAGCGGUACCGGUCCGGAAGGCGAAAGUCGGCCGGCAACAUCCCACUGUCCCCGCUGGCCCGGACGCCCUCUCCAACCCCGCAACCCACCUCCCCACAGCGGUCACCAUCCCCUCUUCUGGGACACUCACUGGGCAAUUCCAAGAUCGCGCAAGCCUUUCCCAGCAAGAUGCACUCCCCGCCCACCAUCGUCAGACACAUCGUGAGGCCCAAGAGUGCGGAGCCGCCCAGGUCCCCGCUGCUCAAGCGCGUGCAGUCCGAGGAGAAGCUGUCGCCCUCUUACGGCAGUGACAAGAAGCACCUGUGCUCCCGCAAGCACAGCCUGGAGGUGACCCAAGAGGAGGUACAGCGGGAGCAGUCCCAGCGGGAGGCGCAGCUGCAGAGCCUGGAUGAGAACGUGUGCGAUGCGCCACCGCUCAGCCGCGCCCGGCCCGUGGAGCAAGGCUGCCUGAAACGCCCAGUCUCCCGGAAGCUGGGCCGCCAGGAGUCUGUGGAUGACCUGGACCGCGACAAGCUGAAGGCCAAGGUGGUGGUGAAGAAGCCAGAUGGCUUCCCAGAGAAACAGGAAUCCCACCAGAAAUCACAUGGACCCGGGAGUGAUUUGGAAAACCUUGCUCUGUUUAAGCUGGAAGAGAGAGAGAAGAAAAUCUAUCCGAAGGCUGUGGAAAGGUCAAGUCUCUUUGAAAACAAAGCGGCUAUGCAGGAGGCGCCACCCCUGGGCAGCCUGCUGAAGGACGCUCUUCACAAGCAGGCCAGCGUGCGUGCCAGCGAGGGUGCGACCUCUGAUGGCCCGGUGCCUGUGGAGCACAUCCAGGGUGGCGGGGAUUUCAGACGGGCCCCUGCUCCUGGCACCCUCCAGGAUGGUCUUUGCCGCUCCCUCGACAGGGCCAUCUCCGGGAAGGGGGAAGGCACGGAGAAGGCCCCCCAGGCCAAGGAGCUUCUCCGAUGUGAGAAGUUAGACAGCAAGCUGGCCAACAUCGAUUACCUCCGAAAGAAAAUGUCACUUGAGGACAAAGAGGACAACCUCUGCCCUGUGCUGAAGCCCAAGAUGACAGCUAGCACCCACGAAUGCCUGCCAGGGAACCCCGUCCGACCCAUGGGUGGGCAGCAGGAGCCCCCGCCAGCUUCUGAGAGCCGAGCUUUUGUCAGCAGCACCCAUGCAGCUCAGAUGAGCGCCGUCUCCUUUGUUCCCCUCAAGGCCUUAACAGGCCGGGUGGACAGUGGAACGGAGAAGCCUGGCUUGGUUGCUCCUGAGUCCCCUGUUAGGAAGAGCCCCUCCGAGUAUAAGCUGGAAGGUAGGUCUGUCUCAUGCCUGAAGCCGAUCGAGGGCACUCUGGACAUUGCUCUCCUGUCCGGACCUCAGGUCUCCAAGACAGAGCUGCUUUCCCCGGAGUCUGCACAGAGCCCCAGCCCAAGUGGUGACGUGAGGCCCUCUGUGCCACCAGCUCUCCCCAACAGCAGUGGGAAAAGGAGUGAUACCACCAGUGCAAGAGAGCUUUCUCCUUCCAGCUUAAAGAUGAAUAAAUCCUACCCGCUCGAGCCUCGGUUCCUGCCCCCCAGCCGGGGUCUCCAGAAUUCACCAGCAGUUUCCCUGCCUGACCCAGAGUUAAAGAGGGACAGGAAAGGUCCCCAUCCUACUGCCAGGAGCCCCGCAACAGUCAUGGAAAGCAAUCCCCAACAGAGAGAGAGCAGCUCCCCCAGAUGCCAAGACCACACCACCGACCCCAAGCUUUUGACCUGCCUGGGGCAGAACCUCCACAGCGUUGACCUGGCCAGGCCACGCUGCCCGCUCCCACCUGAAGCUUCCCCCUCAAGGGAGAAGCCAGGCCUGAGGGAAUCGUCUGAAAGAGGCCCUUCCACGGUCAGAAGCGAGCGCUCUGCUGCGAGGACUGACAUAUGCAGAGAGCCCUCCAUGGAACUGUGCUCUUCAGAAACUGUGAAAACCAGUGACAACUCCAAAAAUCUCCUCUCUCUGGGCAGGACCCACCCAGAUUUCUAUACACAGACCCAGGCCAUGGAGAAAGCAUGGGCGCCGGGUGGGAAAACGAACCACAAAGAUGGCCCAGAUGAAGCGAGGUCCCUGCCCAGAGACGACAACUCUCUGCACUCAGCUGGAAUUCCCUGUGAGAAGGAGCUGGGCAAGGUGAGGCGUGGCAUGGAACCCAAGCCCGAAGCCCUUCCUGCCAGGCGGUCUCUGCAGCCACCUGGAAUUGAGAGUGAGAAGAGUGAAAAGCUCUCCAGUUUCCCAUCUUUGCAGAAAGAUGGUGCCAAGGAACCUGAAAGGAAGGAGCAGCCUCUACAAAGGCAUCCCAGCAGUAUCCCUCCCUCCCCUCUGACCUCCAAAGACCUGCCCAGCCCGGCUGCCAGGCAGCAUUGCAGUUCCCCAAGCCACGCUUCUGGCAGAGAGCCAGGGGCCAAGCCCAGCACUGCAGAGCCCAGCCCGAGCCCCCAGGACCCUCCCAAGCCUGUUGCUGUGCACAGUGAAAACAGCAGCCACAAGCCCCGGCCUGGCCCUGACCCCGGCCCUCCAAAGUCUAAGCACCCCGACCGGUCCCUCUCCUCUCAGAAGCCAAGUGUUGGGGCCACAAAGGGCAAAGAGCCUGCCACUCAGUCCCUCGGCGGCGGUAGCAGAGAGGGGAAGGGCCACAGUAAGAGUGGGCUGGAUGUGUUUCCUGCCACCCCAGGCUCCCAGAACAAAGCCAGCGAUGGAAUUGGCCAGGGACAAAGUGGGCCCUCUGUCCCACUGCACGCUGACAGGGGUACUCUAGACACCAAGCCACAAUCCACCAGUGGUGGGCGGCCCCUCGAGGUGCUGGAGAAGCCCGUGCAUUUGCCAAGGUCGGGACACCCAGGGCCUAGUGAGCCAGCGGACCAGAAACUGUCCACUGUCGGUGAAAAGCAAACCCUGUCUCCAAAGCACCCCAAACCAUCCACUGUGAAAGACUGCCCCACCCUGUGCAAACAGACAGACAACAGACAGACAGACAAAAGCCUGAGUCAGCCGGCCGCCACCACCGACAGAAGGGCGGAAGGAAAGAAAUGCACCGAAGCACUUUAUGCUCCCGCAGAGGGCGACAAGCCCAAGGCCGACCUUUCCUUUGCGCAAAGCGAGGCCCGGUUGAAAGGCGGCGAGCGGCCAGCCGCGGGGGUGGGGAAGGGCUUCCCUGAGGCCAGAGGGAAAGGGCCAGGUCCCCAGAAGCCACCGACGGAGGCAGACAAGCCCAGCGGCAUGAAACGCUCCCCCUCAGCCACCGGGCAGAGUUCUUUCCGAUCCACGGCCCUCCCUGAAAAGUCUCUGAGCUGUUCCUUCAGCUUCCCUGAAACCAGGACCGGAGUUAAAGAGGCCUCUACGGCCAGCAGCGACACCUCUUCUGCCAAGGCUGUCGGAGGCGCCCUGGAGUCUCCAGCCCCCAGCAACAGGGACCAUAGGAAGGCUCAGCCUGCGGGGGAGGGCCGAACCCACAUGACAAAGAGUGACUCCCUGCCCUCCUUCCGGGUCUCCACCCUGGCUCUGGAGUCACACCACCCCGACCCAAACACCGUGGGCGGAGCGAGCCACCGAGACAGGGCUCUCUCGGUGACUGCCACCGUAGGGGAAAGCAAAGGGAAGGACCCUGCCCCAGCCCAGCCUCCCCCAACUAGGAAACAGAACGUGGGCAGAGACGUGACCAAGCCGUCCCCAGCCCCAAACACUGACCGCCCCAUCUCCCUUUCUAAUGAGAAGGACUUUGUGGUACGGCAGAGGCGGGGGAAAGAGAGUUUGCGUAGCAGCCCUCACAAAAAGGCCUUGUAACGGGGCAGGCCCCGGGGCAGGACUGUGGAGACCCUUCCUGAACGGGCGACUGUGUCUUGACUACCUUUCAAAACCAGCACUGUGUGGGAAUGUCCGCCAGGCAGAGCUCGGAGCCUCAUUGAGAAAGGGGAGAGAGAAAGACAAAAGAGAGGACCUUCUUCCAGAUGCCUUCCCAGUUGUAACCGGUAAAACUGUUACCAGAUAGUGUUUGUACAAAAGCAACAACAACAAAAAAUUGCCUUUACAAUUGAGGAUUGUUGAGGAAAAAGAUUUUCUCUGUAAAUAUAUAGCACCGUGUUUGGUUUGGGAUGUAGAGUCUGUACCUGGCUGCUGAUUGCGUCGUUUACUACAGCUUUUUUUAAAUAAGAUUUUUGAUUUACCAUUUAUCAUAAUGUAGUAAUGAAGCAAAAUGGUCAAAACUGGGUGUGUGUGACCAGAGAUACACCCAUAUUCGUGUAUAUACACAUCCACCUACAUGUUUUGGUCUGUGGUUUAAGAGACUGUUUCAAGGUUCCAUUUUUAUAAGCUAAAACAUUCUAAGUAAAGAUGGAAGAAAGCCCUAAACACAGUAGAUUGUGAGUUUUUAUGUGUAUUUUAACCAGAGUUUCUGAUAGUACUGUAUCUGGCUACCUAUAUUUCCAGAUCUAAAGCAAGAACUACUCUAAGUACUGCAUUUGGAGUCCUCCUCCAUUAGGAAUGGCCAGGACAAGUGGAGCUAGCCAUUUUCAUUACAUGGCCAUCCCAAUGGACACUGGAUCCCUGGUCCAACUGUCUAAAAGGCCAGUUGUUCCUGUCUGUGGAUGUGGAUGUCUGGCCUUCACCUGAGGUAGAGCGGGGACUAGAAACACACAUCAACUUUCUUUCUGUUUGCUUUAUUUUCCUUCUUUUCAAACUCUUAAACUUAGGCCUUUAUGCUGUGAGUGACUAGUCCAAGAAGCACACAUUUAGUAGUAGUCCUGCACCAGCCCUGCUCUUGAAUAAAAAGGAGUAUUACUGGCCGCACCCAAAUCUUCUAGUGAGUAACAAGCAUCAGGCAUUGGAAGAGAUUUUAAAUCUGCUUUUUUGAGGAAAAGAACUGGGGGUAGAUUUUGGCAUUGUAGCAUAUCGAUUAAGGAAUAAUCAGGACAUCAGAUACAUUUUAAUACAUAGCUGGGGCCUUACGUUGUAGAUGAAGCUUGCUGUUUUUAGCAAGUUCCUGGGUUUCACAUUCAUUUCUGAUGCAUCUAGUAGCUCCAUACAUUUCAUAACCUGAUCUCUUUAUUUGUAUGCAAAAAAUACUGUCUUAAUACAGAGCAGCAUUUUUGUAACAAAGAGACUGGCUGGAGCUAUUUGGUGCUUGAAUGUGACCAUCCUUUUUACUUUUGCUAAGCCUUAUUUAAAUUUUGUAUACCGUGGAAUACGUAGAAUUUGUCAAAUCAUUUUAGUGCUGAAGGUUUUUGAUUUUUGUUUUUUUGUUGUUGCAGUUUCUUUGGUGGCUUGUUUUGUAUUGUAAGAUGGCACUUGCUGAUAUAAGUACUAAGGCACUAAGAGAAAAUACAGAUAAGUAUUUAUAAGAUGCUUGGGAACCAUAGCAGAAUUUUUUGUUUAGUUUUGCGAGAGAAAAAAAUUACCAAUAAAUAACUAAUCUAGCACCCAAACUCUCUUGGGGAUGUCUUAGCAUCUUCAGACUAUAAAAUUGUUCAUCUAAGCACAGCAUCAUCUUACGGCCCUAUGGAUUGUAAAUCUUCUAGUGAGGCUGUAAACUCCACUCUGAAAACAAAGGCAUAACUUAACCGACUGCUCGGUUGUCCUUCAUUGUAAAAUGAAUUGGCACUGGGAAAAAGGGAAAAAACAACAAAAGAAAAAAGAAAAAAGCCUCCUCCUUGCCCCUAAUUUUUUUUUUUCCAUAUGGUUUUAGCCAUUCCCCAUCACUACAUUGUGAAGCUAUAAAAAAUACAUAUAUAUACUUUACAAGAGUUUAAAUGAAUUUCAAAACUGGUCUCAACGUUUAUAAUAUGUAUCUGUGUUUGGCAGUUGUCAUAACCCAAUCCUACACUCAGCCAUCGGGACAGGUCUAGUCGGGGAGAUAGUUCAUGGUUUACAAGCCUUUGCUUUUUAACUGUCCAAUUUCCUUUAAAGCACAACUAGCUAUUUGUUUACAAAUGAUAUUUUUAUGUAUAUUUUGUAUAGCGUAUCAUCAUUUUGCCAAAUACGUUUUUCAUUAUGAAUGAGUAAAGAGUACUUAAGGUUGCAUUCAUGUAUUACAUGUUUGUUGUUGUAAACCUCUCCAAUCAGCUGGUAGAAAUUCUCCUCAUUGUGUUCUAUUUGGUCGGUCUCUGUAUGAUUGUAGGAUGUGCUCCUUGGUAGUACUCCCAGCUGUAGAUUUACCAGCUUAAAAGUUUGUUAGGAUCUGUGCAAUAAAGUGUUUGCAGUCUUAUUUUCUCUAAGAAAUUCCUUAUGGAUGUCAUAAUUGUUGUAUAUUGAACAAAGUAUUUAUACUUAUGCAGUUGCAUAACAUUGAAAUAAAAAUUUAGCAUGAAA